CGACGUGACUUGGACUCAAGCUUCCACGAUUGCAUCGGCAAAGGAGUCAAAAGGCAGGGGACUAGAGACACCCAGACACGGGUCUUGUACUCGGCUCUUUCUGGACCUAUUGCGAGUUACGAUAAUUUCUCCAUUUCUGGAGGAAACGGAGCAGGAAGGGAGUGGGGAUGGAGAUGGGAGGGGAUGAGUUGGACAAAACCUCAAGACCUUCCGUCACAGUUUUCAAGGGAGGCGGUGGGUCGGCGACCAAAUGGCGGAUGAUGCACAUAAUAGUAGCCAUCGCUAUUUGGCUCGGCGGCAUUCAUCUCAAUUUUGUUCUGUGCCUCAUCUCCCUCUUCUACCUCUCUCUGUCGAAAGCCCUCUUGGUCUUCGCUUUACUUUUGAUAUUAGUGUUAAUUCCUGUCGACGAUAAAAGCAAAUACGGCCGCGUAUUGGCCAGAUAUAUAUGUCAGAAUGCUUGCAGCUAUUUUCCUGUUACUCUACAUGUUGAGGAUAUAUAUGCCUUUGAUCCCAAUCGUGCUUAUGUUUUUGGCUAUGAGCCACAUUCAGUUUUACCUAUUGGUGUUGUGGCGUUGGCCGACCUUACUGGUUUCAUGCCUCUCAAAAAAUUGAAAGUCCUUGCUAGUUCCGCUGUGUUUUAUACUCCGUUUUUGAGGCACAUAUGGACAUGGAUGGGUCUAACGCCAGCAACAAAGAAAAAUUUUAUCUCCCUCUUGGCAGCUGGCUAUAGUUGCAUAAUUGUGCCUGGCGGAGUACAAGAGACAUUUCAUAUGGAGCAUAAUUCGGAGACUGUCUUCCUCAAGACAAGACGAGGAUUUGUUCGUAUAGCAAUGGAGAUGGGUACACCACUGGUCCCAAUUUUCUGCUUUGGUCAGUCAAGUGUCUAUAAGUGGUGGAAACCUGGUGGUAAGUUCUUCCUCCAAUUUUCUAGAGCGAUCAAGUUCACACCAAUUGUCUUCUGGGGAAUUUUUGGAUCACCCCUUCCUUAUAGGCGGCCGAUGCAUGUGGUGGUGGGGAGACCCAUUGAGGUGAAGAAAAAUCCAAAUCCAACAAGUGACGAGCCGGCUAACUUGGUUUGGCAAGCUGAGUGCCGAGAAAGAGAGGUGCUUGAUUUACACGGUCGGUUUGUUGAAGCACUCGAGAAUAUAUUUGAAAGGUACAAAGGACAGCUUGGCUAUGAUAAUCUGCAGCUGAAAGUUCUUUGAUUAAGAUUGAGAGAGAUUUAUUAGGUCCAAGUCCAUCCUGUGCUCAUUUGUUGUAUUCGUGAUGAUGUGUAGCAAUAAAAGGAGUGCCCAUUGAUCUACUUGCAUUUGGAAUCCUUUUGGUUAAUGUAGGGUCGAGCACAAUAAAAAUCAGGUUUUAAAAUCA